ACUUGCAACACAGAGAUGAUGAUUCUUGCCGACAAAGUCCUUGCCCGAGAGAUCGCCGCGGCGACUCUCCUCUUCCUCAUCACCCGAUUCUUUGUCAAAUCCCUCCUACUUCGCUUGAACUCCCGUAAGCUCCCACCGGGACCGACAGGGUGGCCGGUCAUCGGCGCCCUCCCUCUCUUGGGGAACAUGCCCCACGUAGCUCUGGCGAAGAUGGCCAAGAAGUAUGGGCCAGUGAUGUACCUGAAAAUGGGCACGUGCGACAUGGUCAUCGCGUCGACCCCUGACGCCACCCGGGCUUUCUUGAAAACCCUAGACAUCAACUUCUCCAACAGGCCUCCGAACGCGGGGGCAACCCACUUGGCCUAUGACGCGCAGGACAUGGUCUUCGCCGACUACGGUUCGAGGUGGAAGUUGCUUAGGAAGCUGAGUAAUUUGCACAUGCUCGGAGGAAAGGCCCUUGAGGACUGGGCUCACGUCCGGUCGGCCGAGGUAGGGUACAUGCUUCAAGCUACGUGCGAGUGCAGCAAGCGAGGCGAGCCGGUGGUGGUGCCGGAGAUGUUGACCUAUGCCAUGGCGAACAUGAUAGGGCAAGUCAUUUUGAGCCGAAGGGUGUUCGUGACGAAGGGCUCCGAGUCUAACGGAUUCAAGGACAUGGUGGUAGAGCUGAUGACAAGUGCAGGCUUCUUUAACAUCGGCGACUUCAUCCCGUCAAUUGCGUGGAUGGACGUACAAGGGAUUGAAGGCGGAAUGAAGCGCUUGCACAAGAAAUUCGACCUGCUGUUGACGAAGAUGAUCGAGCAACACUCGGCAACUGCUCACGAGCGUAAAGGAAACCCGGAUUUUCUCGAUGUUGUCAUGGCCAACCGAGAUAACCCCGGGGCCGAGAAGCUUAAUUUGACCAACAUUAAGGCCCUUCUCUUGAAUUUGUUCACUGCAGGCACCGAUACUUCAUCAAGCAUAAUCGAGUGGUCGCUGGCCGAGAUGUUGAAGAACCCUAGCAUCCUCAAGCGGGCCCACGAAGAGAUGGACCGAGUCAUCGGGCGGCACCGACGCCUGGAGGAAUCCGACCUCGCGAAGCUCCCGUACUUGCAGGCCAUAUGCAAGGAGACCUUCCGAAAACAUCCAUCGACACCGUUAAACCUACCGAGAGUCUCGACCGAGGCGUGCCAAGUGAACGGCUACUACAUCCCCAAGAACACGAGGCUCAGCGUGAACAUAUGGGCGAUCGGGCGGGACCCGGACGUGUGGGAGAAUCCUCUAGACUUCACCCCGGAGCGGUUCCUGAGCGGGAGGAACGCGAAGAUCGACCCGCGUGGGAACGACUUCGAGCUGAUCCCGUUCGGGGCCGGGCGGAGGAUCUGUGCGGGGACGAGGAUGGGGAUCGUGCUGGUCGAGUACAUACUGGGGACGCUGGUGCACUCGUUCGAUUGGAAGUUGCCGGACGGUGUCAAUGAGCUGAACAUGGACGAGGCGUUUGGUCUGGCCUUGCAAAAGGCCGUGCCCUUGUCGGCCAUCGUCACCCCAAGGCUCUCCGUUAGCGCAUGCGUAUCUUAAAGCUUUACUCGAAAGCUUUUCCACUGCGAGAAUCCGACAUUAUCAUCAGUGUCCUUAAAG